GGCAUCCAUAGGAUAGAAGACUUAAACGAAAAGAAAAUAAUGUGUUGGUAAGUGUAAGUGGAAGGUUCUGCGAAACCAGGCUCCGUCCUUCAAAUAUUAAAUAUAAUUGCGGUGUUGAAAAUUGAAACGCAUUUCCAAAGCCAUGGACGCCUUCAAUUCCUUCUUCGAUUCAAGAAACCGAUGGAAUUACGACACUCUCAAGAACUUCCGUCAGAUUUCCCCCCUCGUUCAGAAUCACCUCAAGCAGGUUUAUUUCACUCUGUCUUUCGCUGUGCUUGCUGCGGCUGUCGGGGCCUACCUUCAUGUCCUUUUCAACAUUGGGGGUUUUCUUACGACGGUGGCGUGUGUGGGAACCAGUCUUUGGUUACUCUCCACGCCUCCUUUUGAAGAGAGGAAGAGGGUGACUUUGUUGAUGCUCUCUUCACUCUUUCAGGGUGCCUCUAUUGGACCCUUGAUUGAUUUGGCUGUUAAAAUCGAUCCAAGCCUUAUCUUUAGUACAUUUGUGGGAACGUCCUUGGCCUUCGCAUGUUUCUCAGGAGCAGCUUUGGUUGCAAGGCGUAGGGAGUACUUGUACCUUGGUGGCUUGGUUUCUUCGGGGUUGUCUAUCCUCCUCUGGUUGCACUUUGCUUCUUCCAUUUUUGGAGGAUCAACUGCUCUCUUUAAGUUUGAGUUGUAUUUUGGGCUUUUGGUGUUCGUGGGUUACAUUGUAGUAGACACCCAAGAAAUAGUUGAGAGGGCACACUUCGGAGACCUGGACUAUGUAAAGCAUGCCCUUACCUUGUUUACUGAUUUGAUUGCAGUUUUUGUCCGGAUUCUUGUUAUUAUGUUGAAGAACUCAGCUGAGAGGAGUGAGAAGAAGAAAAAGAGAAGAGAUUGAUUUUCUUAUCAAUCAGCUUGGUUAACACUUCUCGCUUGGUUUGUAAUACAUAAAACAAUUGUCUAAAAAGUGUUUCACUUCUUGGGUCUGUUUCUACUGUGUAGUUAGUCGGUUGUUUACUUUAAUACCAAUAGUAAAUGUUAACAUGCUUUUGAGCUCUCUAAUAAGAGAAAUUCUUGCAUUAUCUUUAUUUUUUUAAGGAUGAAAAGGGUGAGACUUGAGAGGGAGUGAAAUAGAAUGAAUGGUGAAAAUCCCUCACGGCAAUAUGAGAAGUCUUCUUAGGGAAGAAGUCAUCAUCAACACAAUUUUUGAACACAUUAUUCGGUGAAGUUAAUUCAAGACUCGACAAAUCAAAGAGUUUGACUAUCUAUUUACCA